UGAUGUUGCUUUGCGUUUGCCGGUUUGUUCUUGCUUGUCGUGAAGAUACUUUCCAGUGAUAUGGAAAUAUGAAGCUUUCUGUACAAGAUUUUUGGUUUUAUACGAAAACACGUUCUCCCAUGGCUGUUCCAGUUUGGAUGUCGGAUUAAGGGCAAUGAAAUAUUGAUCAAGCUCUCUGUCGCUACUAAGCAUCUCUGAAUUCAAAACAAGAUUCCAAUCCAUCAAAUCAUUAAUGCAAAUUUAUAUCUGAUAUGCUGCUUCUUUUUCUGACAUUCUUCUGCAUGAUCUGUAAUGCUUCUUCUUUCCUCCAAGUAGGCUCGUCUUCGGGCUUACAGGAGAUAAGCGGCAAGUGCCCUUCAGGGCAAUUUCCGUGCAAUACCACUGACACUUGUGUUGAACAGAGGAAAAACUGUGAUGGACAUAAAGAUUGUGAAGAUGGCUCGGACGAGAUGUGGUGUGAGGAUCACAACAGGAAAGAAUAUUAUAACAACCUUUUCUGGAAAAGGCCGGAUGAAGAUCGGGAAAAAAAUGUUGAAGGAUGUGAAUUACGAACAGUUCCUAACGUUUGUCGCUGUUCCGGCUUUAAGUUGUUCUGUGAUCAUCAAAACUUAGAAAAACCUCCUCAGAACUUGCCACUUAACGUGCAAGAAUUAGAUUUGUCUGGAAAUAUGCUGGUGAUUUUGGAGCCGAAUUAUUUCCAACCGAAUGAAAAUUUGAAAAUACUAAUCUUGAAAUCUGCUGAAGUCACUUUAGUAAACAGAGAUGCUUUCAAAAAUAUUCCGAAUUUGGAAAAUCUAUAUCUAACUGGCAAUCAAAUAAAUGCAUUGAUGCAAGGAACGAUGACCUCUAACAAACACUUGAGUUUCUUAGAUUUAUCUUACAACCCUUUAUCAGCCUUAGCAGAAGGGGCGUUUGAUGGUCUGCACAAUCUUCAAAGAUUGGAUCUUCGCCACUGCAGUCUCAAAUCACUUCCCCGUGGAGUCUUUGACAGUCUAGUCAACCUGAAGAUACU